AUGAAGCUGUCUCUUGCGUGCCUCGGCGCUGCUGCUGCCAUCGCGCUCUGCUUCCGGGAGGCCAGCGCCGUCCGCCAAGCAACAUCACACUCGCAAAUGGAGAGCGGGUCGCCGACUGAGCAGGACGGGGUGCCAACAUGCGAAAAGGCGGAGUUGCCUCUGUCGAUCUCGACAGCCAACGGGACAGCAGCCUUCAAAUGCGCGAAAGACAGUCAGCUUAGUCCAGUGUACCAGCAGAACGAAGCGGACCAGCAGGUGUAUAUCGGAGAUUCGGAAAAGAAGCUUUCAGAGGUUCUUAAAGGAGCAACGCUGAAAGAAAAAUCGACUGCUGAAGACAACGUCGAGAAGGAAAGGGUGGUGUCGUCGCCACACGCAGCGUCACAGCCGGUAUAUUCUCUAUCCGUUGCUGAGCUGCCUGAGCAGGAGAAGAAAAUAAUGUUCAAAUGCACAAAGAAGACGCAGGAAGCGGAGAAGAGGCAACCAACAGAAGAAAAUAAUACAGUGUGCACAGUCACUAUCACGGUGGCUUCGUCAGCUGCAGAGAAGGCGUUCGCUGUUCACAGCAGCAAUCCGGGCGGCGUCGUACCAAACUGGCACUCUGUAGCUGAAGUUUCCUUCCUCAGCUCCUCCACUAAGGCUGGCCGCACAGUCAGUAUUGCGCCACAAUUUUUCUAG